CCCCCCCAUCCUCCUGCCUUCUCCAGGGCUGCCCAGGCACUGCUCCAGCACCCACCCAGCCUCCCUGCAUGAGGCGAAUGCCCAGAGCACCAACUGAGUGCAAAAGAUGAUUGGGAAGAUAGCCUGGAGCCUGGGAAAACAUGUAUCUACUGUGGCAUGUGGGACCACCCAUGUGAGAAGAUUUCUGCGUGGUGCUUAUGUCAGGAUUCAGCCUUCCGUACAGGAAGCCCUGAUGGAGGGGAGACCAGUCGUAGCCUUGGAAAGCACCAUCAUUACACAUGGCAUGGCCUAUCCUCAGAAUUUGAGCAUGGCCAGAGAUGUGGAAGAAAUUGUAACAAAAAAUGGAGCAGUGCCAGCCACUGUAGGUAUCUUAAGAGGUCAAAUCCAUAUAGGACUCACAGAUGAGGAACUUGAGUUCUUGGCAAGCAGUAAAAAUGUAACUAAAGUGUCUCGGAGAGAUCUUCCUUUUGUCCUCAGCCAGGGCUUGUCUGGUGGCACUACUGUGUCUGGAACAAUGAUUGCCGCACACAAAGCAGGAAUCCGUGUGUUUGUGACGGGUGGCAUAGGAGGUGUCCAUCGGGGAGGAGAGAACAGUCUGGAUGUGAGUGCUGACUUGACGGAGCUAGGACGAACUCCGGUUGCUGUUGUAUCUGCAGGAGUCAAAUCUAUCCUUGAUAUUGGCAGGACACUGGAAUAUCUGGAGACACAGGGAGUUUGUGUGGCUGCCUUUGGAGAGUCAAGGGAGUUCCCAGCCUUCUUCUCACGCCAGAGCGGCUUCCAGGCACCAUAUCAGGUCCGGGAUGAAGAGGAGGCAGCUCAACUCAUUGCCAGUGCUCUGGGGCUGGGCAUGAGCAGCGGGGUGCUGAUAGCAGUGCCCUGUCCCAAGGAGCGAGCUGCCUCAGGCCAAGUCAUCGAAGAAGCCAUCCAGCAAGCUCUCAGCGAAGCCAGGUCCAAAGGGAUCACAGGCAAAGAACUGACCCCUUUUAUGUUACGGAGGCUCAGUGAAUUAACUGAUGGGAAAUCACUGGACUCCAACCUUGCCCUGAUCCAGAACAAUGCCAGAGUGGGCAGCGGCAUUGCGGUGGCCCUGAGCAAACUGCAGAAAGCCAGGAGGAAGGGGAACCUGCCUCGGCGAGAGGACACAACCCCACCCCAGCCAGUGGUGAUUGGAGGCAUCAACGUUGACUUUAUAGCCAAGGCACAGAACCCUGUCAUCCUGGGUGGUGGGCAAACAAAUGCUGGAGGAGUGAGACGAACCUUUGGCGGUGUUGGAAGAAACUUGGCAGACUGCUUAAGCCGCCUUGGACAGACUCCUCUCUUUUUAUCAGCUGUGGGGAAGGAUGAACAUUCAGAAUCCGUCCUGCACUACUGUCACCAUAUGGACAUGAGUGCCAUCCUUCAGCUGGAGGCGAAGAACACAGCCACUUACUGUGCUGUGAUCACCAGUGCUGGGGAGCUCAGUGUUGGCUUGGGAGACAUGGACAUCCACCACCAGAUAACAGAGCAAUAUGUGUCUCAGUUCAAGGAGAACCUGUGCCAAGCCCCACUAGUGUGCAUCGAUGGAAAUGUGCCUCUUUCCACUAUUCAGUAUGUCUGCCAACUAGCUAGAGAGCACCAGAUAGCAGUGUGCUAUGAACCAACAGAUGAGAACAAGGCCUCUAAGCCGUUCCUCUCAGACAGCUGGAAAGCGCUCACAUACAUUUCCCCCAACCUGCAAGAGCUAAGAGCAAUAAAUCGGACCCUCGGGAACCCUCUGCCAGCAGAGCUGCCAACCAGGUUGGAGGAUGUUGUCCAGACUGCAGUGGCCUUGGCCUGCCCUUUGCUGUUGCAUCUGCACUGUGUGGUGGUAACCCUCGGCGCUCUCGGCAUCCUCCUGUGUGGCAAGAGGCUGGGAGGGAGCAUAUCACUUUGUCCAGGACCUCAUGAACAGGCUGCUGCUGCUAGCCUCUGUGCCACCCACUACCCAGCUGUCCACAUCAGCAGGGAGGAGAUAGUCAACGUCUCGGGAGCCGGUGACAGCUUAAUGGCAGGGAUCCUCGCAGGGAUCCUUGCUAAACAUGACACAGAUACCUGUGUCCGGAUGGGUCUACUUGCUGCAAGCUUGUCCCUCCGUUCCUAUGAGCCUGUUUCCCCAGAAAUCAGCACUUCUAGCGUCAGCCAGGAGCAAGUCAAGAGCAGGAGCUGGCCAGAGGCGAAGGUAUGGAAGAUGCACUAGAGCACCAUUGCUCUAUGACCUAUCAGCUCCUUUCACUCCCAACACUGUUAUUUCCAGGAACUGGGCUGUGUUUUGAGCUUUGAGCUCAAAAGCUAGCUGCUGACCAGAGGACUUAGACUUUCAGUAAAUGCUACUAUGGGAGGUGAAGUGUCAGCAGAAUGCAUUUGGUGACAACCUGUAUUACACUGUUCACAUUUAUGUUU